UCACAGUCAGCGGAUGUGCGCACACACACACAUACACACACACACACACACACACACACACACACACACAAGAUGUUUCGAUCUCUACAUGUGAGUUAUUGAUUGUAGCGCACAAGAAUCACUCAAUCAAUAAUGAGUGAACAGAGCAUCUGUCAGGCGCGAGCCACCGUAAUGAUGUAUGAUGAUGCCAGUAAACGCUGGUUACCUGCUGGUUCUGGUCCUCAGGCCGUCAGUCGGGUCCACAUCUUCCAGAACGCCAGUAACAACACGUUCAGAGUGGUGGGACGCAAACAACAAGCCGACCAGCAGGUUGUAAUUAAUUGUCCUCUCGUGAGAGGGAUCAAAUAUAACCAAGCGACGGCAACGUUCCACCAGUGGCGUGAUGCGAGACAGGUGUGGGGUUUGAACUUUGGCAGUAAAGAGGAUGCAGCUCAGUUUGCGUCCCAUAUGAUGCAAGCACUCGACAUGCUGAGCGGUCAAGAUGCAGGUGUGUGUCUUCCUCCACGGCCAACACAGAAUGGGCCAAGCGCAGAAGAGUUAGAACAGAAGAGGAGACAGGAGCAGCAGGAGAGAGAGCGACAGGAGCGUGAGCGGAUGGAGAGAGAGCGACAGGAGCGUGAACGGAUGGAGAGAGAGAGACAGGCUGCUGCUCCUCCGGCUCCUCCUCCUGUUCCUCCUCCAACUCCGGCCAGUGCACCUCCUCCACCUCCUCCUGGACCCCCUCCACCUCCUGCACCUCCUCCUCCUCCACCACCUCCAUCAGGAGGCCCACCGGCCCCGCCGCCACCACCCGCUGCAGGAGGAGGAGGAGGAGGAGGAGGAGGAGAUGGAGGUCUGGCUGCAGCGCUCGCUGGAGCUAAACUACGCAAAUUGGCCAAGGAGGAUAGUGGAGCGGCGGCUCCUGCAGCGAGUGUGAGCAGUGGAGGAGGAGGUGCGGUCAGUGGAGGCGGCGGUGGAGGAGGAGGUGGAGGAGGAGGUGGAGGUCUGAUGGGAGAAAUGAGCGCUAUUCUUGCUCGACGAAGGAAAGUUUCUGACAUUCCGGCAGUGAAAAAAGAAGAAUGCAGUAAUGGUGAUUCAGGGAACACAGAAUCCAGACCAGCAGAGAAAGCAGAAGCCAUCAAAAAACCCUGGGAGAAGCCUUCAUCUGUGUCAAGGGUGAACUUGGGGUCAAAAGGUCAAGACAAGAGUCCUGCAUCUCCUGCAUCUGCUGCUUCAUUAAGCAGGAUGAGGCCUGGCAGUGGUACAGGUGACGCUGGAUCAGAUAUGGAGAAAUUUAAACAGGAAAUCCUGGAGGAGGUUCGUAAAGAGCUGCAGAAAGUGAAAGAUGAAAUUAUUGGAGCUCUGAUCGAUGAACUGCAGAAGAGCAGUGUAGCGUAGCUGCGUCACGCCGUACCGUCUCUGGCUCUGCAGAAGGAUGGAGAGAACACAUUUUCAUUCUCAUGUCACAUGUUUCAAGAGCAGCUUUUAAAAUAUUCUGCCCUCUACAUGUCUUACUCUCUUUUUACCCUCAUUUUUACACCCCCAGUGUUUCAGCUCUGUUACUUACAUCAGUUUUAUAGAUUUGUUUCAUCUUUUGUUGACAUGUCUAAGUGAAUAUAUGUUAAUGAUCCCUGAUAAUAGAUUCUAAUUUCUCCAAAGCAACAAAUUGUAUCUCUGUUUACAUGUAAGUAGUUGUUUGUUUUGUACACAUACAAUAAAGAAUAUGUGUGAGAUAUUCGCUAUAUGAUUGCAAAGUAUUUAUCAUGCACUCUUAUCGUAAUACAUCAUGUAAGAUAAGAUGUGUUACUUAUUGAAAAUGCUGAGUUACAUCUCAGGGAUUGUCAUAUGUUCUGAAGAAUAAAGUGUGUAUGUUGUGCAAUGAGUUUGAAAUGAUUGCAGCUCAUCCCUUGUGGUGUGUGUUUGUGCUCUGUGAAGAAUAUGAUCUAUGUCAAACUAUCUAUGUGUUAUUUUGUAUGUCAAUAAAAAAAGUACAGUGGUGUUCUUUAAAGCAUAAAAGCAUUGUACAUUAAUAUGGUAGUCAUUCAGUGCCAUGGUAAAAAUAAAAAAAAUAUGGUAUUACCACAA